UCUACCUCUUUCUUCCCUAUGUUCAAAGUCUCUAUUCUGUCUCUCUCGACCACUCUGUUUGUUGGAGUUUUGGCUAAACCUCUGCAGCGCUCUUCCUGCAAUCCCAAUGCCCAAGGAGUGCCCGUCUCCAUCCAGAGUACAGGACUCCCCGGGCUCGAAUGGGGCAUUGCGAGUCCCUCAGAUACACUCCUUGUUGGAGAGUCUUACCGUGGACUGAGUGCUCCAGAUUGGUACAUUCGUCAAAGUGGCGAGUUUCCGACCAGUUAUUUCAUUACAGAUGUAGACAGUGGGUUAGCUGCAACUAUCACCGGUGGGGAGUUAAUUCUCAAUCCCGUAAACAAUGCCAUCUACCAACCUAACCAGGUUUUCGACAUUACCUGCGACAGUUGUGGGACAGACAUUUCUUCGGGAAACGUUCUCGGUCAAGGUUGUGUGAUUGGACCUCAUAACCUUUCCGACGCUUGUAUUCGCAUUGGGCCUUCUGCUGUGGAUGCACUCCGUAACUUUGGCUGCACAGCUGAAUCGGAUGAGGUUUACACGAUAUUGACGUAGAUAUUGGCAGACGACUAUUUGGUCUUCAAAGUUAUUGACUUGGAUUAUCAACAUCUUGUUGUCAUUGAAA